CUGGCGGAGAUGGGCGCGCACUGGAUCCACGGCCCCUCGCCGGGAAAUCCCGUGUUCUGCCUGGCCUCCCGCUACGGCCUGCUGGGCCCCGAGGCCGCCCGGGAGGAGAACCAGCAGGUGGAAGCGGGGGGCCACCCCCCGAUGCCGUCCGUCACCUACGGCAGCUCGGGGAAGGUGCUGAAUCCCAAGGCGGUGCGCGAAGCCCGCGAGCUCUUCUACGCCCUCCUGGCCUCCACCCGCGCUUUCCAGGGCUCCAAGGAGCCGCCGUGGCCCAGCGUGGGCCAGUACGUGCGGGCAGAGAUCGCCCGGACGGUCCCCACCAUGGCGGGGGGCCAGGAGGAUGCCCGGCGGCUGCAGCUGGCCGUGCUGGCCGCUUGCCUCAAGCUGGAGUGCUGCAUCAGCGGGACCCACAGCAUGGACCUGGUGGCCCUGGAGCCCUUCGGGGAGUACGUGUCGCUGCCCGGCCUGGACUGCACCUUCCCAGGCGGCUACAGCAGCUUGGCCGAGCGCCUGCUCUCGGAUCUGCCCGAGGGCACCGUCCUGUUCAGCAAGGCCGUGAGGACCAUCCAGUGGCAAGGCUCCUUCCGUGAGGAAGGGGACGAUGCCAGGGCUUUCCCUGUCCGGGUGGAGUGCGAGGAUGGAGAUGUCUUCCUUGCUGACCACGUCAUCAUCACUGUCCCGCUAGGUUUCCUCAAGGAGCACCACGAGAAAUUCUUCCAGCCUCCCCUUCCCGAGCGGAAAGCACAGGCCAUUCGCAACCUGGGGUUCGGCACCAACAACAAGAUCUUCCUGGAAUUCGAGCAGCCUUUCUGGGAGCCCGAGCAGCAGCUCCUGGAAGUGGUGUGGGAGGACGAGUCGCCCCUGGAGGAGCCCAGCGCUGACCUGGAGGCCAGCUGGUUCAAGAAGCUCAUCGGAUUCGUGGUGCUCCAGCCGCCAGAGCAGCACGGGCACGUCCUGUGCGGCUUCAUCGCGGGGAAGGAGUCGGAGCACAUGGAGACGCUGAGCGACGCCGAGGUGCUCAGCGCCAUGACCCGCGUCCUGCGCACCAUGACAGGGAAUCCGGACCUGCCCGCGCCCAGGAGCGUGCUCCGCUCCCGCUGGCACAGCGCUCCCUACACCCUCGGCUCCUACAGCUACGUGGCCGUCGGCAGCUCGGGGGACGACAUCGAUGUGCUCGCACAGCCGCUGCCCGAGGACCCGCGGGACCCCCGGCCCCUGCAGCUCCUCUUCGCCGGCGAGGCCACGCACCGCACCUUCUACUCCACCACCCACGGGGCGCUGCUGUCGGGCUGGCGAGAGGCCGAGCGGCUCAACCAGCUCUUCCUCAGUCCUGAGGCAGCAAAAUAAACGCCGGUGCUUCGCCUUUCGGUCCUCUUUAUUGAGAAACCUCCGCGCCGGCGUCUUCUUCCUCUCGGCGGCGGGGUGCACGCGGCGUGGGCUGCGGUGUUGAUUUAAUACCAGUUGGUGCUGGAGAUGGUGUAGCGGGGGUCGUCCAGCGGGUCCUGCGUCGGGCCUGGCCGCGGGGGGGGCUCCGGGGGGGGGG